AUGCUAUCUCACAGAAAGCGGUUGUUAAAGUUGGCUGUAGAGAGGCAGGACACUGAAGGACUCAACACGACAGUAUACACCAGACACAGUGUCACACAGUUUCCUCUAUAUACGUGGAUCAAAGUGUCCAUUAACAUGACUAGGGUCCUUCAGACUGCCCCUAAAAACAUGCAGCACAUUGGGGACCAGUUGCUCAAACAUUUCUUGUCUACAGAAACAAAGUCUAUCAAAGUCUAA